AUGGUAUCCGACGAAGACUAUGUAGGAGGCUCCGACGAUGAUGUUGACAUUGGCGGUUCUUCCAACCGUGAUGCUCUCGCCGGCACACGGUCCAAGUCGACUCGUGCGAAUAAAGAGUCCUCCGGCUUCGAAGUAACCCGCACCUGGGAAAAUCUUACUGAAGGGGCAGAUGGCACAAUCACAGGGGCGGUUGAGGGCCUGCUACAGGCAGGGAAGAGGCAAAGACUUCUGAAAGAUACCACACCCCUCCAACGAGGCAUCAUCCGUCAUGUUAUCCUAAUCCUCGACCUUUCCAUCGCAAUGCAAGAGAAGGACCUCCGGCCCACUCGCUACCAUCUCACGAUCCGUUACGCCAGCAGCUUCGUCUCUGAAUUCUUUGAACAAAACCCAAUCUCCCAACUCGGUAUAAUCGGUAUGCGCGAUGGCCUCGCGGUUCGCAUUUCCAACAUGAGCGGAAACCCCAAUGAUCACAUCUCGUCGCUCCACGAACUCCGAAAGCAAGAACCGCGCGGACAGCCGAGUCUCGAAAACGCGCUCGAAAUGGCUCGAGCAAGCCUCUUCCACGCGCCCACCCACGGAACAAGAGAAGUUCUCCUCGUCUUUGGGGCCCUCCAUACCGUCGACCCAAACGACAUCCACCUCACAAUCGCAAACCUAGUCAAAGAUAAGAUCCGCGCCCGCGUCAUCGGCCUCGCCGCCCAAGUCGCCAUCUGCGCCGAACUCGUCACCAAAACCAACAACGGUGACCGCAGCAACUACACCAUCGUCCUUCACGAGCAACACUUCCCUUACGGCCAGCGUGUGAGAAGAAAUAGCUUCUCCCUUCACCUUUCAACCCAGCAUUCAUACAGGACAACCCAACAGCAGCAGCAGCAGCAGCAGCAUCCAGACAGUCGAAAACUUGAACAAAAUGCCCGAGCUCCGCAUUUCAGCACGGCAGCCAAUCCGGUCGACUACUCGACACAGUUUCGGCUCCAUGCUGGAAUUUGGCGAGCGCAUCAUCCGCACCUCUCAGGAGACUGUGGAUGCGACGAUGAGGCCUUGAUGAUCUCCCAGCUCCCGAGCGGGAGUUCAGAUGGACGACGUGAAAACAACGACGGACGAGUGAGGUGGGAGAGGGAGAGAAAGAGCGAGCGUGGUGGAUACGAGAGAUUGAUCACUAGAAGCGCAUGCUUACUGCAGCGAGGCAGAUGGGAGACAGGAGAAUGA